CCACCUGACCUGCAGUGGGUGUGGUUUCAGACAAUUCAGUCUGUUGUGUUUUUAUGCUGGCAUAGUGCAUGUGUGCUACACCAAAGCGGUUCCUAUUGAUCAGUAAAACUGUGAUCCCAAGAGCUUACAAUCAACAAAAGCGGGGUCGAUAUGUUUCGCUCAUCAGGAACAUUGGACAGAAAUAUCCGUGAUGUUGUUGUGUCUGAGAAUACGGAGUUGAAGAAAUUCUAUGAACAGAUGAAGAGGGAAUUGCGGAGCAUUCUCAGCAGACAUGUGGGGAUCCUGGGCCGAGGGGUCCUGGAGGAUGCCUCGGGGCUGAACAAGCGUGGUGGUGGUGGACGUGUAAGACCUACCCGGGUGGCAGAUGUUGGGUUUACAGGCAGCCUGAAGAAGCAAUGGAACAGCCUCAAGCAGCUUGUAGAGGUUCUAGAAGCCCGCGCAUCUCAGCCCUCAGAGGUGAGUCAUGUGAUCAGCGUGACCGACCAUGAGAAGGAGCUGACGCGGCUCAAGGAGGAGGUGAAAGAGCUGAGGGAGGAGCUGGCGCAGAGCAAGGAACUGAUUGGUCAUCAGCAACAACUACUACAGGAUCAAAUGUUGCCUUCUCCUGGGACUGGACAGCAGUCUCCGCUGUGGGACGCUUACUUCUUAGAGGAGCAGUUGAGGCUGCAGGAAGAUCGGGCGGUGUUCGAGGAGCAGAGACUGGCUUUCCAGGGUGAGAGGGAGAAGUUCACAGAGGCGGCCAUUCGUCUGGGCCGAGAGAGGCUCCAGUUUAAGGCGGAUCAAGCACUUUUCAUGAAGCAGCAAUUUUUAAAUAUGACUCCAGGUGUUGCAACGCCCCCCUGGAAAAAGACUCCACCUUGGUCUGCGCUAAGUGCAGGCACCCCAACAAAGACUACCAAUAACUCCAAAAAGCAGUUCACCCCCAGAAUGUCUUAUGGUAAUAAGAUGGGAUUGACGUCUGCUGACCCCAUGACCCCAAGCACUGCUGAGCUUUACAGGGUUCUGAGACUGGCUCCCCCCAACAGGUCGACGAUGUCCCAUAACAAUCAUAGCUGUAGCCACCAGAGCGUGGAGUCGGAGGAGGGCAGCAGUGAUGGAUGGAGUGACAGUCUGUCACCGAGGAGUGCCUCUCCAGAGUUGCAUCUCCCUCAUUCUGUUGCACCCUUCAAGGAAAGCAUGACUCCAUAUCUUUGUCACAGACCCACACCAGUGAGUGUGCCCGGAAGCCAUGUUGACCCGCGGACCCCCAGCUCUGCAGAGCUGUUCAGGGUACUUCGUCUAACUCCUACUGAAAGUGCACAUUCGGGGAGGAAGAGUCGUGGAGAUACGCUGUGGAAGUCCGUUGUACACCACUCUCACCGCAGAGCCAGCCUCUCCAAGGUGAAUGAAGCUCCAUGUUAUCACGAGACUGUAAAGUAUAGCGAGAGUGAGCCAAGGUGUCCUUACGAGUUGACUGGAGAUGGUUAUGAGACAGACUCUCUGCAUUCUGAUGACAUGGGACGUACCAUGGAUCAGGGAGAUACUCCAACCAGUGACACACAUUCCCUACCCAGAGACGAAUCUGAGUUCUUCAAUAAUGAUUCUUUAUAUAGAGUGACGCCUCUUCAGGAGACCUCCCACCUCCACCUAGGAGGGCACAUACCCCACUUUGGGGACCCUGACUAUUACAGCCAACUGGCCCAUUUCCAAAGCAAAGGUGUGUGGCCGUGCCAAGAGUUGGGUGAACAGAGAUCCAGCAAUGGGAUCAAUUCUAAUGGUAUCCAAAAGGGUAAUACCAAGGAGAGCCUUCAACCCAAAGAUGGGUAUAGAAGUCGGUCACGUGACACUCUGCACCCUCAAGACGCCUGUAGAAGUAGAUCUGCAGAGAGUAGGCAUUCCAGCACGGAGUGCAGAAGCAGAUCAAGGGAGAGAACUCGCUCUAGAGAGCGAUGUCGAACACGGUCAAAGGAAGAUAUUCAGCGUCGACACAGCCUCUGCCACAUUUCAAGGCCAGUAAUUCAUUUUGAGGAUGAGUGUCAAAACAGGGUCCAUCAUAGCAGCACAAAGAGGAGGCAGUCGCUGGAAUCUCUCCAACACAAACAUGGCCAGUCUAGAGCGGUCCCGUACAUUACAGGAACCCGUAACAGCCGAUCAGUACACCGGAGGUCAUCUCAGCACCAUAGGGACUCUUUGUAUACCUCUGGCCCUGGACGUUCCCCUUUGCACUUGCGCCAAUCUUGCCCCUCUGCCCGUAACUCAGACCCUUGGACUUGUGAACAAGUUGUUGCUUCCAACCUUUGUGCUGACCUGCUGACUCAGUUCUUGGACUGCUCUUUUUAAGUGACCUCUUCCAGGCACGAAAAGGACGUAUUAAGGUUUUUUUUUUUUUUUUUGGAUAGCAUGUGGUAGGGUUAGAGAGACCGUCAUGUUUUUAUUAUGGCGUAGCCACUGAGGAGUGAUCCUCUCUAGGUCUGGUGACAUCCAUUUACUAAGACCAGAACAAGAGGUGUGGGGUAAACCAAUGUGGGCACUUUGCCCAGUGCCAACUGUCUAAGAUACAAUGACCACCCUUUUGGAGUGAUUCCCUUACUUCCUUUUGUGUCUCCAGGACAGGAAGUGAUAGUUUAUCACCUCAAAGGGACAUGGACAGAAAUAAGUUGACAAGUGUUUUUAACCCAUUUUUUUUUUUUUAUUAAAGUUUUCGCUAUACAUGUACUUUAAUGAGCUGAAUUAACUUAUUUUAAACCAGUUGGAAUAAAAAGUAAUACAAUUUUUCCAUAGGUUUUUCUAUGUUUGUGUAAUAUUUACUUAAUUCACUGACCCCCUACCCUGAAAACAAUGCACUUGCUUGCUGUGGUGUGAGGAAUUUUUGUCUCACAAGUUUCUGUAAUUUUUGGCAGAGUGUGUAAAACUGAACUGUUUGAAAAAGGAUUGAUAUGUUAUAUUUAAAUAAGAGCACUUUUGGCUUUAACACUAUUGAUUGUUGGAGCACACAUUUUAUGUAAAUUAUGUGUAUGAAUAAAGCUAUUUUUUUGCUAA